CUGCUCAUUCAGAUGCUGCCGUGUGAGGAUGCGGAGGUGUAUGAGGAGACCAGUCAGUGCCUGUCCCUGCUGAUGCAGCUGUAUGGAGGGGACAGCCCUGACUCCCUCAGCCCCCUGAACCUCCAGAGCCUCAGCCACGCGCUGCAGCUCCAGACCCAACCUAAACAACACAGACUACUGCUCCGUAUCAUCAAACGCCUGAUCCCAGCUACUACAGACAGUUUGUGGUACAGCUCGGCUGAGGGUCAAGAGCUGGUCCAUAUUCUUCAGAGACUGAGUCAUUCUGCCAGGUCCCAUGCUGAUGUUGCUGUGGUUUCACUGGCAGCGGAGAUCCUGACAGGGAUUGGAUUCUAGAAUGUUGAUUCAUCAGCAACAAUGGAUUGGCUUCGGGAAGGACCAUAAUUCACAGUGAUCAGCAACAUAAACCGUGUCUCCAUUAUGGUGCCUUGCUCUAUAGCUUUAUAAUAAAACUGGCAUCCAUUGUGGUUUUGCGUUCCAUUCUAAUAUCACUUUACAAUACUUUAGGUUUUUUUAAAGGAUGUGCAAGUUUAGAGUACAAACAAAGGACACAUUUGCCCCCCAUGUAGCCUAACGACCUGAAAACGAGUCAGUUCCAUAAACCACCAAGACAGCUGAAAUUAACGUCCAUUUUUAUUGUUUAGCCAUGUCAUGACCAUGUCUCCAAUAAGCACAGCAGGCUACAAUAAUUAGGGAUUCUUUUCACCUCCUUGAACAGCUAUCAACUAAAAGACAUUUAAAAAAAGAAACUGCUGCCCCCCCACAGACCCUUUGGAACAGUUGUGACACUACAAACAGUGCACACUUAAAGCAAGAAAAUAUUUGGACCAUUUCCAAUUCUUGGUUUUAUACAAAAGCUACACAAUGUUACACUUGAUCAGAAUACAAUUCAACUGAUUAGUGUUCUACACCAUAUCAUUUUAAUUGGAGCAUUACCACUAUAACUUAACACUACGAGAGACUUAAAAUGGAUACAAAUGAGUGCAGAAAAGACAGGCGAGUAUAAUAACAAGCUAUAUCAGUACCAUUACAGACUGAAGAAUCAAUACAAAAUAAAAUGUAAAAAAAUACAGACCAGGGUUUUAAAUUCCAUCUUUAGAUCCACUCUUCAGCGUCAUUUUCUUUGAGUAACCCACUCCAGGAAUUCCUUUAACGCAGUUUUAACUCCCACAAAAGACCAGAACAAAGUUUUACUUCCACUCCACGUGUUCCCAUAGGAAACUCAGCUUUCAGUAGUGUGUCAGGCACUUUCUGAGAUACUAGCCCACUUUCAAAAACCUCCCAGCAACUUCUCCAGCCAAAUCACAAUGCAGGUUCAUUCAGAUCAGACGAUACACCU